AUGUCCAAUGAUCAACGCACUGACCACACUGCUUCUUCUUCAUUGGCAUCUACUAACAGUGGACCGGCAAACUUUCCUCAAAGCCAACCCUUCCCAAACCCAGGUCUCUACGGAGGCUUGCUAACCCACGAGCCACCUGCCGAGCAGUCCAUCGACGAGCUAGUAGCCCGCAUCAUGGCUCCUCCUCGUGAUAUGUACAGCGACGAUGGCCAGACGGUUACGCUGACCAAGAGAUGGGCUGUUAGCAUCAUCGGCAAGGACCGCUUCGAGGACUCGGGGCCAUUGCUGUACCACGUCCUGUGCCACGGCGACGAGCUGCGAGAUCACGGACUCGAGUUCGGAUUGUCUGAGAAGGUGCUGGACUGGCUGAUCAGUACGAAGGAUACUGUGGAGUUGCUGGUUAGCCAUUUCAGUUACACGUGA